CCCCGUGGGAAGUCUCGCGAGAGCCGGUGGGGCGGGCGGCGGUGGCGCUGCGUGCAGCUCCGGAGGGGUCUCCUCAGCCGCUCGGUUCCCCGCAGCGCCUGGGCCCUGCCGCUCGUUCCCUCCCUCCCUCGUCCAACCACCGCCAUGUCCCGUUACCUGCGCCCCCCCAACACCUCGCUGUUCGUGCGGAACGUGGCCGACGACACCCGGUCUGAAGACUUGCGCCGUGAAUUUGGUCGGUAUGGACCUAUAGUUGAUGUAUACGUUCCACUUGACUUCUACACUCGUCGUCCCAGAGGAUUUGCUUAUGUUCAAUAUCCUUUCUUCAGAUGGCUGAUUAGUGAGGGGUGUUGAAGUUUGAAAUUCAAGUUUGUGUGAGAGAAUGUAAAGCUGUACAGUAAUGGCGACCCCAAAGAGAAAGCAUGAAAGAACCUUUAGAGUAGAGUUCAACAAUUAAGGCAAGUAGACAAGCCAAAGACCUCUUAAGGAUCAGGCUUGAAGAGAAGGGAGAGUUUGGGAAAAGAAAAAGUAAAGAAAAGCUGGAAGAAGGACAAGCCAUAAUGGGAGACAAAGCUUCGCUUUAUCUGCAAAAGGGGGAAAAGGUUGUUUUUCAAAGUAAAAGAUAAAGCCAUCUGUCAUUUUUGGCCAAGCAUCUCAUGACAAGUCCUUCUGACAAGCACUUAAAGAGUUAAAGGUCAAGAUGAAGUUGAAUGGUGGCCAAGAUUAAAGGAGUCAUACCUGAUGUAUCCUACAGAAUAACAGUUUUUCUUCUGUUUGUCACUACCUUAACACUCACCACAUUUGAAGAUGUCCGUGAUGCAGAGGAUGCUCUCCAUAAUUUGGAUCGAAAGUGGAUUUGUGGUCGGCAAAUAGAAAUCCAGUUUGCACAGGGGGAUCGGAAGACACCGAAUCAAAUGAAAGCCAAGGAAGGGAGAAACCUGUACAGUUCUUCUCGUUAUGAUGACUAUGACAGAUACAGGCGAUCUAGGAGUCGGAGUUACGAAAGGAGACGAUCUAGAAGUCGUUCUUUUGAUUACAGCUAUAGAAGAUCGUAUAGUCCCAGAAACAGUAGACCUACUGGAAGACCUCGGCGUAGCAGAAGCCAUUCGGACAAUGAUAGGUUCAAACACCGCAAUCGAUCUUUUUCAAGAUCUAAGUCCAAUUCAAGAUCACGAUCCAAGUCACAGCCCAAGAAAGAAAUGAAGGCUAAGUCACGGUCUAGGUCUGCAUCUCACACCAAAUCUAGAGGCACCUCUAAAACAGAUUCUAAAACACACUAUAAGUCCAGCUCAAGAUAUGAAAAGGAGUCGAGAAAAAAAGAACCAGCUAGAUCCAAAUCACAGUCAAGAUCACAUUCUAGAUCUAGGUCCAAAUCCAGAUCCAGGUCAUGGACUAGUCCCAAGUCCAGUGGCCACUAACAGCAUAUCCACGUUGGUUUUAGGCAUGUAAGAUUCAUUUACACACAGUUCAGUUUACUUAAAUUAUCAGGAAUAUGAUGUUGCAACAGUGCUAAAAUAAUACUUUCUUUGUCAGUUUUCCCUGUAGCCGACAAUGGUUAAAAUUAAAACAGUGUUGAGAGGCCACUGAAAGAGAGAGAGAGAGAGAGAAUGUCCAUUUGGUUAAAUGUUAUGGGCAGCUACUGAUUUGGUUGUGGUGUCUCUUUGUAUAUUUUUGUAAAGAUUUGCAUUUUUAGUGCUUAGAUAUCGGUGAUGACUUGAUUGAUCGUAACUUGCAACAUUAAAAAUGUCAUACCCGUAGAGAAAUCGAUACCAGUUUGUGCUGAACAGUUAAACCAACUGUUUAACUUGGUUUUUGAUGCUCCAUUUUGGGAUGAAACCGGAAAACUGGACAGCCGUAGCACAGCACUGACUACUGCGAAACGCAGCCUGGCCGGUUUACGUUCCCAUUGUUCAAAGGCAGGUUUCUGUGUUCUCCGUGCCCACUGACACAAGGAGGAGAGAGAGUUUUGAGGUUUCUCUUUAACCCUGCCAUCCGGAGAGGUGGUACUAACAUUGCGUGUACGACAUGGGGAGAGAGUUGGUCUUGGGAGCUCGUUCAGAGAUCGUGCAGUGGCAGGAUCGAGGCUUCGCUGCUUUUGACCUGGCUGCUAGUACUGAAUGUGCCAGGGGAAACAACCCCUGCACCUUGAAAUAGAAAAUUAAAUUCAGAUUGCAGCAAAUGGCAGAGCAACUAAGUAUUAGGUUGUGUGUACAUUUUAUGCAGUUUUUGUAUCUAUUCUAAAUUUUAGUGAGCAGUUAACCAUAAAAUUGCUUAGUUUUCCUGCUGUUAGAUACCAGUAGAUUGUUUCGAGUUGUGUGUGUACAGUAUAUAAGAACUAAACUUUUAUGCCAAUGACUCCUGUGGUUAGUUGGUGUAUUCCUAGGUAUAAAACUGUAGCCAUCUCUCUUCCGGAGUAGCCAAGGCUUGCUUUUACACUGCAAACAGUAUUGGGUCAAGCAAGCCUGAAUCACUCCUUCCUGGGAACAGAUAGUGGUUUGGUUACAAGCUUUCAUUUUCCUUAAGAACAAACGUUUGAAGCUGGAUAUGAACAAGAGCUGCAUCUCUAGCUAUUUAGUUCUCACUAAUACACUAUAUUUAGUGAACUGAAUGUGAACAAUAACAAAACCAGUGUGUAAUCUUACCAGUAUUUCUCUAGAAGGCAAACACUUUGUGAUGAAAACGGCUUUUGGCAUCGUUUUUUCUAGUUACCUUCAAAAGCCAGCGUCAAACACGUGGAGUUCUUGCUGUCUCACGUAGUAGCAUAUAAAGACAUUGAUUCCCAAAAGUUCCUUUUUAGAGCAAUGUCUUAGGUUUGGGGUUUAGUGUUCUCAGCAGGGCCUUUGAAGAAACGCAGAUGGCUUUGGAAUCUCGGCAGUGGAACGUGCUUAGGGGCUUGAUUCUAGAACCUUUGUACAUUUGAUAGUCUUUCUAACUUUUUCGUUACUGUUUGCAGUUAAUGUUCAUGUUCCGCUAUGCAAUCAUUUAUAUGCACGUUCCUUUAAUUUUGUAGACUUUCCUGGAUGUAUAGUUUAAAAAAAAACAGCAAAAAGUCUAUUUAAAACUGUAGCAGUAGCGUGCAGCUCUAGCAGAGGAAAGUUGUGGGAUUAAACUUUGUAUUUCCUUUCUUAUAGAGGCUUCUAAAAAGGUAUUUUUAUAUGUUCUUUUUAACAAAUAUUGUGUACUACCUUUAAAACAUCAAUGUUUUGAUCAAAAUACCUAAAGACCCAGCUUAUUUUCUGCUUGCUGUAAAUUUAGCAAACAUGCUGUAAUAAAAAAAUGAAGGAAAUACUGAUCCACUGGAAUUAUUGUAGCUGUAGAAUUUGACUCCAGAGCACGGUCAGGAGUAGAGCUGUGCAUCCCUUAUGGAGUGAAAUCCUUACUAUGGUAUUUCAGUCAAGUCAGGAAUUUAUUGUUUAAUGUCUGAAUAAAUAUCAUUUCACAUUUUAAAAGGGGUACUAGACAAAAUAAGAAUGAUAAGCAUGCGUUUUAGUCUAAUAUAUUGAACUUACUUUUCCAUUAUCUUCUGUUGUUGCUGGAUGGACUUCCUGAUGGUUAUAGUUCAGAUAUGAUUAGCCAGGUUAUGAACUACUUCAAACCAUAUAGAGCCAAAUUUCUCGUAUCACCUUAUCGAUUUAUAUUUGCCAUAUCAAAAAUUGUGCGAGCAGCGGUUCUCUAGAAGGUGCUGAAACUUUGCUGAUGACUUUUAAAAGUCAAGCUGCCUCCUGGCACUUGUAUUUACAACCAGUUCUUCUUAUGCCACCGAAUGAAAAAAAGACCUCUGUAAAGCUCUUAAUUGCUUUGAUAAAUCCACCGUUACACUUUAAGUCGAGCUGUGAUUAUCCGUCCAUAAAAAUGGCUCGUCACAGCAGAACCCCCCACCCUUUUUCAGCUCUCUUAAACAAAUAGAGUUGUCCAGACUAAAAUCCUGCUUAAAUAUGGUCCACCUGACUGUGGUGUGGGAAAGCUGGCGGUGGUUUUGUCGGCAGCCUGCAAGGGGGUGCUGUAAUUAAUGUUCUCGUUAGUCCAGCCAGAGUUACAGCUGGAUGGGUGGGGAGGAGGGAGGAGAAAUCUGUGUCCAGGCUGAGGUUCUCAUCUCAGACUGCCGAGUAACAGUAACUUGAUUCUGUCAGCAUGUCCUUAUAUUGUGUGCCUCAACAUUUAUAUAUAGCACAGUUUAAUACUUUUUGUUUUGAAAAUCCAAUUCAUUGCAAGUAUAAUGUAGUAUCUGCCAGUUCUGAUGGUUCUUUCUUUCUCUCCCAGAGGUAGGACUAAACUUUGACUUGACUUGUGUAUAUGAACAAGCCAGAAAAGCCGAACACAAACCCACGAUGUUUCAAGAGUGCAUGAAUAAAGAUGUUGUCCUAGUUCUUGCUCCCAUGGAAAAAUUGUGAAGAAGCUGUUCUGUGGGCCUUUCAGUUGGGGACCGAGUUAGCAGGAUGUGGCCAAAAAGGGCAGGGAAUGUUCACGCAUUCACGCAAGUCAAGCCACAGCCCAUCUAGAUAAACAUCUCCCUUGAUGCAGGUAUUUUAGUCCUGGUCUAAAAACCAAAAAGCAGUAGCCUGUCUGGUGCAAGCUACCCGCAGGUUAUGCACAGCUGGAAUGCAAGAACAACACGCAGGCUACAAAAGAUCACGUAUAGGCAUCUUUCUUGUGGAGUCUCAAGAACGGUGCGAAUUCGGAUGGGGUUUUUUUUUCCUGUGGUAAACUAGAUUUUUGUCAUUCCUGCAAAAUAUGUAGAAUUGUAGUAUGUAAAAAACCAACUCUGCUGAAAGUUAAUGGCUGUGCUCCUAAGUAUCUGCAGCGGAUUGAUUUAUCUCAGCAGUAAUAGAAGGCUCUGUUGGAACUUCUUUUUCACCAAAAGUCCAUGCACCCAACUGGUAAUUAAAAGAUAUUAAAUUUAGUGUUUAAGUAGCUGGGUGUCUCAAUUAGGGACUAUAAUAGGCUGGUCUCUGAAAGCUAAAUGUUAUCCUUUCUAUGUCUUUAAAGAUGUUUAAAUGUACAGUAUAAUGGCUUUAUUCAAAGUGGAAUUUUCAGUUUAAAUGUUAUUUUGAGCUCUCUGUGGAAAGAGCUGCUUUUUUUCCUUGCUGUUUAGUCUGGGUAACAGCUCGAACUGUGUUCAGAGAAGGGCAGUUGGAUCGAUCUACAUCGCAGCACUGCUACUUGAUUUUUUUUUGGCAGGAAUGUUGCAGAUUAACACUUUGAAGUACAAAGGGAUAAACUUACACAUUUUUAGGACAUAAUUACCCAUUAAUAAUUGCUGGGUUUCUCCAUUUAUCUUGUAACUUGCUUAAAAAGUCUGUAGUCCAUUGCUAUAAUAUUUGUCUGAAGAUGCUCUUACUGAUGAGAUUAUUUAGGAAGGGAAGACUAUGUACCCUGUAGCGUGUUUGAUCAAAAGAUGCUAAUGUUUUAUUCAUACACAUCCUUUCUUCUUGAGUUUUGUGUUCCAUCUGUGCAAAUAACCCUGUGAAUUGGGAAUAAAAUGUACAAGUUUUGACUAUAA